AUGGCUUCCGUUGCUUUGCCGGCGUUGAGCUGCCGGAGUUCAGGAGAGCCGGUGAAGGAGCUUCGAGUUUGUACGAACCGCACCUGCCGGAAACAAGGCUCCUUUCAGAUUCUGGAGACGUUAACGGCUCUCGCACCUCCCGAAGUCCGAGUCAAUCCCUGCGCUUGCCUCGGCCGAUGCGGCUCCGGUCCGAACCUCGUGGCUCUCCCUCAAGGCCUCCUCCUACGUCACUGCGCCACGCCUUCUCGAGCUGCUGAAAUCUUAUUCAGCCUAUGCGGCGACGGCCGGGAAGCUUCUUCAUCCUCCGCCGUCACGGCCGCUCUCGCCGCUUUAGCGCUCACAAACAAUGCUCUCUCUCAAAUCGAUGCUGGAAACUUUCAAGAGGCAGAAUCGCUUCUCACACAGGCUUUAGAGCUGAAACCUUACGGUGGCUUGCAGAGAAUCUUCAAACACAGAGCAGUAGCAAAAUUGGGAAUGCUUGAUUACUCUGGUGCUCUUGAAGAUAUAAGCCGAGCUCUGACAUUAGCUCCUAACUCUUCUGAGGUCUACAUUUGCCAAGGUGAUGUCUACGUAGCAAAAGGUGAAUAUGAAAACGCCGAGAAGUCAUAUUCGAAAUGUCUAGAGAUAGAUCCUUCUCUUCGCAGAUCAAAAACGUUCAAGGCCCGGAUCGCAAACCUUCAAAAGAAAGCUGUUGAAGUAGAUGUGACAUAG